AUGGAACACCUCGCGCGCGACCCGGCUCCUAGAUCUCGGAUAUACCACCUCAUGGCCGAAAGGAUGUCCUUCAAGAUCACGGCUGCUCUCCGUGCAAGAAGGGUGGAGAAGUGGAUCCGCGCCGUUAGGAGGGACUAUCUCGACAACGCACCAAUCAAGUGCGUCGGCUUGGACUGCGAGUUCACCAACCCUUGCGAGGCUGAUCAGCGCGCCGCCGUCCUUCAACUCUCUGUGGCGUCCGAGAAUUUGUUAUUCCAGAUUUGUUGGGCUGAUGAAGUGCCACAAGUUCUCAAGGAGUUCUUGCUGGACGAGAGCAUCAGAUUCUGCGGCACGACUAUCGACAAGGAUGUGGAAAUGUUGAGUCCCUACUGUAUUCAUAUUACUUCUGCGUUCGACCUCUUGAAGAUACUCCCGAAUCCCACCAAAAAUCUCAUUCUGAGUCUAUAUGAUCUGGCAAAUUCUAUCAUUGUGACAAAUCUUGUGAAGAAGAAGAGGAAUAAGUAG